AUGGCCCUUGUGCAGAAGUAUGGGAAGCCUGAUCUCUUUGUCACCAUGACAUGUAACGCUAAUUGGGCAGAAAUAAAAGCGGAAUUAGAGCCUGGUGAGACUGCACAAGAUUGGCCAGAUUUAGUUGCUCGAAUUUUCCGAGCAAAGUUGAUUGCUCUUAAAAAAAAAAUCAAGAAAGACAAGGUCUUCGGUGAAGUGGCAGCAAUGAUAUAUGUUGUAGAGUUUCAGAAGAGAGGAUUGCCACAUGCUCAUUUCAUGUUUAUUUUGCAGCAGCAAUAUAAGAUGAAGCGUCCUGCUGAUUAUGACAAGUAUGUUUAUGCAGAGAUACCUCCUGUGACUCAGCCUGAAUUACGUGCAAUUGUUUCAAGGCAUAUGAUGCAUGGACCAUGUGGCGAGCAAAAUCCAGAGUGCCCUUGUAUGCGAAAGAGAGACAAUGUCAUUUCUUGUAAAAAUGGGUAUCCGAAGCAAUACACUGCACAGACUACGAAAAAUAAGGAUGGUUAUCCUUGUUAUCAAAGAACAGAUACUGGAGAAAAAGUGAAGGUCAUAAAUGCUCAAUUAGAUAACCGAUGGGUUGUGCCAUAUAAUCCUUAUCUCACAGCUCUCUUUGACUGUCAUCUAAAUGUCGAAGUAUGUUCAACUAUAAAAGCAGUAAAGUACCUGUAUAAAUAUGUUUACAAGGGACAUGAUCGGGUAGCCUUUAACGUGUCAGCUGAAGAUGCAAAUUGUGGUGAUGAAAUUUCUCAAUUUCAGUCAGGAAGAUGGGUCUCACCUUGUGAAGCAGCCUAG